AUGAGCUCCGCGACUGAUCUCCCAACAAGUGCGUUCCUUCAAUCAGGUCCGACAGAGACUCAACAGACUCCCAAGCAGGGCAGUCAAAGUCUCGAUCCACAGCAGGCCUAUACAGGUCAGCUGUACGGUCAGCCCCAGGCAGCUUUCACCUCGUUCUCCGAGAUGGCGCAACCGCAAGCACCCGCCCGACCGGGCCCGUACAACAUGGCAUCGCUGGCGAAUGCUCUACCGCAGCAACCUUACAGGCAAGGUCCGAUCAAUCCUUCGCAAAUGCGUUACAAUCCGUCCGGAGCUUCACCAAGCAUGCUCGGCCAAGCACAGCCCAUGCACCAGUACGGCGGUCAAGCAGCCAUGGGCCAGGUGCCGAACCAAGCGUACUACAUGCAGCAGCAGGCGCAGAUGUCGCAGUACUACGGUUCCCCUAUUUCGCCCUCCCAGCCCCAGUCAAACAUGUCGCCGAGAACCAACAUCCCUUAUUAUGGCAAUCAGCUCAUGGCCAACCAGCAGUCCCACUCUGCCAUGGGUUACUACUACCCGCAGAUGGCCCCUUUCCACUCCCAUGGGCAACCACCUCACAAUCAGGGCAUGGUGAGCUCUUAUAUGCCUAUCCCAGGCUCCCAGCCUGAAAUGCGGGCUGGCCCUACACAAGUCGGGGAUGGCAGGAACAGUGGUGCUUUCCCUACCACUCAGGAGCCGAAUAAUCUAUCGAGCGACAGCCAGUCGAAUGUGGUCCGCGGGCCGCCCAGAAAGCCUCGACAAAGCGGCCAUGCCAUUUGGAUUGGGAACCUGCCGUCUCAGACAGAUUUGAUGAGCCUUGUCCAUCAUGUCUGCAAGGAAGCAGAAGGUCUCGAAUCCUUGUUCUUGAUUUCGAAGUCUAAUUGCGCGUUUGCGAACUACAAAGACGAGGCCAGCUGCUUGGCAGCCCAACAGAAACUCCACGAAUCCAAGUUUCAAUCUGUGAGACUCGUGAGCCGACUGAGGAAAAACACUGUCGAAGGCGUCUCCGGCAUUACAGCACCCACCGGCCCAUCAGCUGCGACACCACAUCACGCUACCGUGCCAGAGCCCAAAGAGCAUAUGCCGGCCACCUCGGCAGAAGUUGAACCAAGCAGCUCUGAAAAUGGAACGCCAUCGGUUUCAAGCGCCUCGGAGGCUAAGAUCUCUCCUCCAUCCGCCGAUGUUUCCGUACAGAAAGACAAAUUCUUUGUCCUAAAGAGUUUGACGGUUGAGGACCUCGAAUUGAGUGUACGGACUGGGAUUUGGGCCACCCAAGCCCACAAUGAGGAGAAUCUGAACAAGGCUUUCAAGUCCGGUGAAUACUAUGGGUAUGCUCGUAUGGUUUCCACUAUCAACGAAGACCCGGCUGCGGCGAUAGAAUUUGCCCCAAAGGUUCAGUCUGUCAGCGACGUAGAUCUGCCAAAGGAGAUCCCAACCGAACCCACCGAUUCCACACCCAAAGGACGCAUAAUCGAUGACUCGGCGCGAGGCACGAUAUUCUGGGAAGUCCUUCGCGAGGACUCUGCUGAAGGAGUGGAAUCAGAUGAGGCCGCAUCAGCCAUUUCAACAAGCACAGAGCUAGAGACGGACUUGAGCAUGAGUGGUGACCUCGGACCUGAAAGCAAGACUUGGGGCAAACCGUUCAAGCUAGAGUGGCUAUGCACGACAAGGCUACCAUUUUACCGCUGCAGAGGCUUGCGCAACCCCUGGAACUCUAACAGAGAGGUCAAAAUCGCCAGGGACGGCACAGAACUCGAGCCGUCGGUUGGUCGGCGACUUAUUGGGUUGUUCAACAAGAACCACAAUGCUCCCGCACCGAGGGGCCCGAUGGGCAUAGGCAUGGGUCCAAUUCCGAUGUCAAUGCCGCCACAGCAGCAGCCUAUGCUUAUGGGAUACCCGCCUGCGUUUCAAUAG